AUGAGUAGGAACAUGAAAUUAGGUAUUAUUUAAUUAAUAUAUUUAGGAGAGAUAGAAAGUCAAACAAAAAUAAAAAUAGCAAAGUUUUCAGGAUAAAAUAGCAGAUUAUUUACAUUUGUAGAUGAUCAAAAUUAGAUUUUUAUAAACAAGAUUGAAUAUUCAAAAAGUUUAAGUGAAUUGAGUAUAUAGAAUCCAUUUAAUAAAUAAUUUGGAUUAAGUUAAAAUGAAAUAACAUCUAUAAUAUUUUCAUAAUCAGAAAACGAAUUAGUGAAUGGGUCUAAUAAAGGAAUUUUAACUUAUUGGGAUAUAUCAACUUAAAAAGGUAUUAAUUUUCAAUUAUUUUAGUUUUACAAAAUAUAAAAGGUCAUUUAUCUGGCAUUAGUUGUUUAAGUAUUUUUCCUAAUGAUAAUAAUUUAUUGAUAUCAGGAGGAAUGGAUAAUUAAAUUAAGAUUUGGGAUUCACGAUAGUAAAAUAAUGGAUUAACAUUACGAUCUCAUAAAUUAUAAAUUAAUAGUAUGAUGGUGUCUUAAGAUGGAAAAUUAUUGGCUUCAGGUUCAAAUGAUGGAUGUGUUAAAAUUUGGGAAAUGAGUACCUAAAAAUAAUUGGCGUCAUUUAAUGAGUCAGAUUGGCCUAUAUGUUGUGUAUAAUUUAAUCCAGUUGAUAAAGCUGUUGCAGCAUGUUCAGAUGAUGGUUGUAUUAGAUAUUGGGAUGUAGAUAGAUUAAGUUUAAUAUCUUAAACAAUACCAGAUAAAUAAUGUAUUUAUUAAAUAAAGUUCUGUGAAAAUGGUCAACAAUUAUUUUCAGCUUAAAACUUCUCUUUAAAAGCAUGGGAUAUGAAAAGAGACGGAUUAUUAUUGGAUUAUAUUGAUAGUCAAUGGAAAUGUAUAUUAGAUCUAAAUGUUUUUGAUAAUAAAGAUAUUGUUGGAUUAACUACAUAAAAUUAAACAGGUUUAAGUAUAUUUGGAACUAAGAUGAAUAAUAUUAAUAAUGAAAAACACAUUUAUAGAAAUCAUAGUGAAAAAAUACAUGGAUGUUAAAUUAAUGAUCAAUGUUAUGAAAGACAUAGUGUAAAUGUAUUGAAACCAAAAAAUACUUAAAUAUAAGGAUAUGGAAAUAUUUUAGAGGAAUAAGGAUUUUAAUUGUGUAACAAUAAUUCAAAUAAAUUUUUACCUACUAAUUAAGUUGCUUAAAGAAUAAAUUAUGAAAGUGUUAUUUAAGAGGAAGACAUGAAAUAGAGUUGUUUGGAUUUAAUAAUAAGUCAUGAUGAGGUUAAUUUGUCUAGUUUUGUAAUUGAUGAUUCAAAUAAAUAAAAAUUUAAAUAAAUGGAUUAAAUUAAUGAGAUAUUAAAAGAUCAUAGUAAAGUUAUUUAAAUAUUAAAUUAAAGAAUCAAUUAUAUGAAACCAAUUAUGCAUUGGUGGAGUAAUAAUAAUAUAAAAUCUGCUGUAAAUGCAAUAAAUUAAUUAAGUGAGCCAUCCAUUUUAUUUGAUGCAUUACUAAUGUGUGCUUAGAGUUAAAAAUUCAAAUCAAUUCCAAUGGAACAAUUACCAUAGUUAUUAGAGAAAUGCAAGAUUUUAAUAGAUUCAAAAUACUUAUCUCAUAUUAAAGGUGGUCUGCUUUUUUGUUAUAAAACAUUUACUACUUAUAGAGAUGUACAAUUUUAUAAUCCAUAAGUAUUAGGAUAUUUAAACAAUAAAGUGUUUUAAUUAGAUGUCUAAAGUAGAUUUAAGUAGAGAAGAAAGAAUUGCCAAAUAUGAUAAAAUAGUAGAAUAAUUAAAGCAAAUUAUUUAAAUGUCUAAAUUGACUAAAUUAAUUGAGAGAAAUAAAAUCGAAGUUAGUGAUUUAGCUAAAAAAUUAUAAAUAGAGAUGUUAAGUUUACUUAAAAGAAUUAAUUAAUUAUGA